UUUAAUUCUCGAUGCCCAUAUUUGGGGGCUGGAUGCAAACAUUAGCGCGGGUUUGUUGGCUGGAAGUGAGUGACUAAAGUAAUCUCUUGAUCCACGUUCACUUAAAAAAUCACUCUUCUUGGACGUUUUUAAACUCGUGUACAAAGUUUACUUUGUGCCAUUAUGGUGCUUGUGUUCCACCAGAUGAUCGUGUCUGCUCUGCUCUACCUGUCGAAGAAGCUCAAGGCUUUAGCUUUAAAUGUUUCUGGGAAGGAGGAGAGCCGAGGAGUAUGGCUGACAAGUCAAGCUCAGGAUGCUCUGGCAGGUCUUUGGACGGCAAAAGAUCUUCUUUCAUUUACGAUAUCGGCAGAARCGCUUCUUCACUGCCUGCUACCUGAGGCUCUUGAUAUUAUAGUAUUUAUAUUUAAUCCUGAAAGUGAUGAACUAGAAGCCCUGGGCCAAGAUGUCAUUAACGUACCUCGGCUACCUAAAAAGGGUGUUUCAAGACAAGUCCUUCUGGAAAAGAAGAGACUGCUAAUGAGUGAUCUCCCUAGUGAUGAUCCACUUACAGUUCUAAUGCCAUUAGCAACAACCUUAAAUUAUGAUAAUAAUAAUCAACAAGUAAUGCUGUCUCCACUAUUAAAUGAAGAUGGCCAAGUUUGUAUGGUUAUAGUUACGGUAUGUUCAUAUACAGAAGAAUUAGAAGCUUGUCAGGACUUUGCAGAAAAUCAGAUUAUUAAUUGUCUCAACCAAGUUCUGGACAGAAGAAAAARUAUGGAGUAUUUUAACAGACAAAAUACUUUUCUUAAUACUUUUGCUAAAUCAAUAGAAACUGGGUUAGAAACAUUUUCAAAAAAUUUGUGCUCUUUUGUCAAAGAUGAAAUAAACUCAGAGUCAGCUGUUUUAUUAAUAUUAGAUCAAGCUUCAGGGGAGCUUUACAACAAGUUUGAAUCAGAAAAGGAAGAAAAGAGGAUUGAGGUGGAUGGUAGUAUCUUUGAAGAACCCAUCAAAUCCAAGAGUUUAUAUUCUGUUUGUAAUAUAACUAAGGAUACGAAAGAAAGACAUGACUUAGUAAGAAUUACAGAUCAUUAUGUUCAGUCCCUACUCUGUGCACCUGUUGUGAGCAAAGAGUCUAAUGAAGUUAUAGCUCUGGUCUGUGCUUUUAAUAAAGAACUUCCAGCUAAUAGGUUUACAGCAGCAGAUGAGUCCAAUCUCAAGUUCUGUUGCAGCCACAUUGCUGGUUUUCUGGACAAUUCAUUGGAAUGGGAGAAAGAAAUGGUCAUAAAGAGACAGCAAGAGAAUCUUCUUAAAGUGGCAAAGAACCUCUUCACCCAUGUUGAUGAUGUUAGUGUCCUUUUGAAUGAGAUCAUGACAGAAGCCAGAAAUUUGACCAAUGCAGAGAGGUGCUCGCUGUUUUUGCUUGAUCGUGAACGCAAUGAACUCGUGGCUAAAGUGUUUGAUGGACAGAUCCCUGGAAAUGGCAAGCAUAAGGAAGGAUGGGACUUGACUAUACCUGCUAAUCAAGGGAUUGUUGGUCAAGUUGCAUUAACAGGAAAGCUUCUGAACAUCAAGGACACCUACAACCACCCACUGUUCUACAGAGGAUUGGAUGAAAAAACAGGUUUCAGAACGAAGAGUGUCUUGUGUUUUCCCAUCAAGGAUGAAGAAGGUGUCUUAGGUGUGGCUGAGCUGUGCAACAAAGUCAAUGGUUCCUGCUUUACCAAGUUUGAUGAGGAUCUAACAAAAGCAUUUGCCAUCUACUGUGGGAUCAGUAUAUUCCAGUCCAUGUUGUACAAGAAGGCAAGCAGUGCCUGGCAAAGAAGCCAAGUCAGCAGUGAACUCAUGAUAUACCAUAUGAAUGUUCCACAACAUGAAGUUGACAGUGUACUCAAACAGCCCAUCAGUGAAAUAAAGCAAUUUGGUCCACAAUUUGCACAGUUUCCUUACAUGCCGAGGACCUUAGAGGUGGACCUGACAAUCCCAGCUGUGUUGUUCAUGAUGGAGGACCUGGGUUUCAUCAACAGAUGGAAAAUCCCAAAGGAGAUACUUAUCAGAUUCAUACUGAUGGUUAAGAGAGGCUACCGUGACCCUCCCUACCACAACUGGUUCCAUGCCUUCUCUGUAGCUCAUUUCUGUUACCUUGUCUUCAAGAAUACUGAGAUUGACAGUUGGCUAACGGACAUAGAGAGGCUUGCACUGUUUGUAGCAUGCUUGUGUCAUGACUUGGAUCACAGGGGCACCAACAAUGCAUUCCAAGUGACUUCUAACUCUACUCUCGCGGCAUUGUACAGCUCUGAAGGCUCAGUAAUGGAGAGGCAUCACUUUGCUCAGACUGUCUGUAUCCUGAAUUCAUCAGGCUGCAACAUCUUCAAGAAUCUCUCUGAACGAGAUUUCUCCARGGUUUUGGACCUGAUUAGAACCAUCAUACUGGCUACAGAUCUUGCUCACCACCUGAAGAUCUUCAAGGACAUCAAAGCCAUUUGUCGUGAUGGAUAUAAUCCAGAUCGACCUGACCAUCACCAUCUACUGGUUUGUCUGUUGAUGACUGCAAGUGACUUGUCAGAUCAAACCAAACCGUGGGAAGGAACGAGGAAGAUCGCGGAUUUAAUCUACACAGAAUUUUUCACUCAAGGUGAUUUGGAAAAAGUGAUGGGUUACACCCCAAGUGAAAUGAUGGAUCGUGAGAGAGCAUGUAUUCCUAAGCUACAGAUCGACUUCCUUGAAUCCAUUGCUCUGCCCGUCUAUUCAGCACUUCAAGACAUAAUCCCAGAAACCUCAGUAGUCUACAGCACCGUCUUGUCAAACCGUGACCACUGGAACAUUGUUCAAGAGGAAAAUGAACAAAAAGAACGUGAAAGACUGGCUAAAAGCUCCGAAUAACCAAUAAAUAUCCUGACAAAUAUCCUUCAACAAUUCUGAUGGUACAUGUCAAACGUGAUUGUCUGCACAACUAUACUGUAAAGGAUCUACACGUAAAAGUUAUCAUAACAAUGGAUUCCGAAUAUUUAUACUUAGUUGGACACAAUUAUUGGUAUACACUCAAUUGAAGAAUCGUUGUCGGGUUCAGAAACAUAGAACAUAGAAGCUGAGACCGAAAUGGCACAUGGGAAGUACGUUAAUUAGAUACAUGCUGUGACCGGCGACCCGUGGCAUC